CUAGAGGUUAUUUCCCAUUUUCCAUCUCGUCUUUCCGUACAGUUCCCAUCGCCGAGUCUCUGAGAGAGCAAUCGCGACGCCAUGGCUACUUCUUUGGCAAUGAUGACGGCUCGUCGAGCCGCUGCCUUCUAUCGAAUUCCGACGUCUGGUUCAGCAGCUCAAGCUGCUUCGUUUGUCCCCCGCCGCGGCCUCGCUGGUGCUGCUGAUCACCAUGGACCUCCAAAGGUGAAUUUUUGGUCAGAUCCGACGAGUCCGUCUAAAUGGAAGGAAGAACAUUUUGUACUUAUCUCUUUGUCCGGAUGGGGUUUGGUUUUCUAUGGUGGAUACAAGUUCUUCACAGGAGGGAAGAAAAAUAAGGAAGAGAAUUUGGUGCAGGCGUCUCAUUAAUGCCAGAAUCUUGGGAUGCAUUAGUGAGUUCGGAAUUUUGCGAGCCACAGCUUGGGAAACUUCCCUGUAAUAAUGCAGUUGUUUCAGACACCAUGUGUAUUGUUUUGAUCUUUCCCCAUUUAUGUGCAAUGCUAAUUGACAGCUAAUGGACCCUAAAUGUUGAAGAUUAUUGCACAAGUUUUUUGAUGGAUAGCAUCAACAUUGGUUUAGUUGGCAUUCUUUUCAAUUUCAAUCUGCAAUGCCUGCUAAAGCCAAAAUGUACCCCUUACUAAUAAAAUGGCUCAAUGAUAUUUUAUUUACAA